UAUAGACUAACAGGAAAGCACAAUCAGAAGGGAGGAUGUUUCAAAUUCUGGUUAAAAGCACAAGGUUAAAAAUCAGACAGACCCGGGUUGCAGUCCCAGCUAGACCACAUAGUGGCUGUGUGAUCUUGCACAAUUUAUCUCUCUAUACCUGAGAGUACUCAUGUCUAAAAUGAUACCUGCCUCAUGAGGUUGUUGGGAAAAUUCAGCGAGAUAAUGUAAACUCUGAGUACAGGGCUGGAAGCACAGUAAGAGCUCAGUAUAUAUUAGUCUUCAUUAGCUAUGUCGAGCAAUUUAAUGAACUUAAGAAAAUCUAGAGUUGGAUUGUUAAAUCUUAUUUAGGAAGUUAUAACUAUAUAUAUAUUUUGUAAAUUGUCAAUGAAUUGUUCAUGGUGAGAUGUCAGUCUGGGAAAAAGUGAAAUGAAGUCUGGAUGGGAGAGUGCAGGCUUCACUGCUAGGCUUGGCACUGUCACUGUAACCAGCUGUGUGACCUUUGGCAAAUUGCACCAUCUCUGGAUGUUCGUUUUCUCAUCCAUAAAUGAAGCAGGGCAGACUAGAAGAUUUGUAGAGCCCCUCCAGGGAGAACCUUCUAUGAGUUUCCUCUUUGCUGACUCUAGACUGUCAAUGGAGGAGCACUGUUGAACUUUGAAAUAUUGGCUAUUCAUAGUCAGGUUUUUACUUGUUACAUUCAAAAAUUUGCAUUAGAGUCUCAAAGCAUUUUAUAAUUAAGUAGUAGACAUGAAAUUUGAAUGAGUGUAUUACAGUUUUUGAAUUUUAAAUGGUACAAAAUACUCCCAUUUACUUUAGACUUGGGUACCACAACAGGCUAAAAGGUUUAAAGUAAAUGGUUUCUCCAAAAGCAAACCAGUCCCAAUGCCAUGGCUGGCUGUGCUUCCCAUUACUGCCACAGUGUCCACACCGGCCCUGCCACCACCACCUGCUCAUCUGAAAAAUGCUGCCGAUGUGGAGUCUGCCUGCCCAGCAUCUGCCCACACACGGUUUAGUUACUGGAGCCAACCUGGUAUGACAGCUGUCCCCCACCAUGCCACAUUCCUCGGCCCCGUGUGCCCACCUGCUUCGUGCUGAACUCGUCCCAGCCUACCCUAGGCCUGGAGACCCUCAACGUCACAACCUUCACUCACCCCUGCUGUGAGCCCUGCAUCCCAAGCUGCCACUGACCAAUGACUGCCUCGAUCAGUGCCGGGAGAUAACACGGCAGCUAUCUAUUCAGCAUUCACUUGCCUCAGUAGUUUAUCAGAUACUGAGGCAGACCAGACGGCCUAGAUGUGCACAACCUACCUUUCAUCUUAAUGGAAAGAAAAUCAAGAAAUUUUAAUGGUUAUUUGGCUAACCAUUUGGUUCAUUUGGGCAGGUGAAUGUCAUCUAUCAUCAGAAGUAUU